AUGCGUGCCGUAACUGUGGGAAUUAUCUCGAUCGGAGAUAUGGGCCUGGGCAUGGCCAAACUCCUCCAAGCCCAUGACUACCGCGUUGUCACCGUCAGUGAAGGCCGAAGUGAGCACACCCUCUCGCGCAUCCACGCGGCCAACAUCGAGACCCUCCCCUCGGACCAAGCCCUCGUCACGCAGGCGGAUUACAUCUUAUCCAUCGUCCCACCACGGGACGCCUUAGCCACCGCCCGACGCAUUGCGGAAGCAUGCACACAUUCUGAUACGGUCCCUCAGCGGGCGGCGAUCGACGACGUCAACGGCCACCCGCACCGUAGCCCGCUCUACUUCCUCGAUCUCAACGCGACCCCGCCUCGACUAGCGGAGGAGUUGGCAGCACUGUUCGUGGUCGCGGACGAGUCCACCACGUCCACCCCGUUCGUGCGGUGCCACUUUCUGGACGGCGGGAUCAUUGGGGGUCCGCCCGUCCUGGUAUCUGCAUCGCCCACGCUAGACACGGACAUAGACACCACCCCCAGCUCAUGGAAAAGGCCCAGCGUGGUCCUCUCCGGUCCGGAGCUGGACCAGCUCCCGCCAACCUUUGCGGCGCUGGCAUCCGCGCUGAACGCCAAAUUCGUCUCGCCCCGGAUCGGCGCCGCAUCCACGCUCAAGCUCACCUUCGCCGCCUUGACCAAGGGCCUCACGGCCUUGUCCAUUCUAUCCUUCUCCACCGCGCAGCGAGAAGCACUCCUCCCGGAGUUACUAGCCCAUUUGGACGAGUACUCGCCUGCAACGGCGGGACUAACGCGCAGAGGUGUGAUCGGGAUGAGCCCGAAGGCAUACCGGUGGGAGGAGGAGAUGCGCGGAAUCGGCGAGGCGUUGGAUACGCAGGGUGGAUGGGGUGGAGUUGGGGCCAGUGUUUACGGCGGAUUCGCCGAAAUUUAUCGCACCGUUGCGGAGGAUACGGUGUUAGGGAAGGAACGGGUUGGGGCUCGUGAGCGUGGGACGAGUGCUGAGGAUGCUGCGCUGCUCAUUGCGAAUCGAGGGCGGCGAGACGAUGGGGAGGAGCCAGGACUGUGA